CAAAUAUCAAAAUCACAAACCUCAUUUUGUUUCCACGACACACAAAUCUCUCUCUCUCUCUCUCCCCCACACAUGAAAAGCUAAGUACUUGAGAGACCCAAAUUGAAGAACAAUAAAGGCCAUGGCUUUUCUUCUACUCAACCUCUCUCCCUCUCUUCUUCUCCAUCACAAAUCGAGAGAAAAAUCUUUCAGUCACCCAUCAUUCUUCCCCAACUCAAAUCCCAAUUCUCAUUCUCACUUUCUGCCUCCUCUCUCCCUCACUUCUACUGCUUCCUUCACCAGCCUCCAAUCCCCUCCUCCACUCCAGGACGUGGCUCAGGUUAACACUCCCCCCGGUGAGGAGGAUAAGCACCAAAAGGACGACUUCUAUGUCAACCUUGGCCUUGCUGUGCGGACGCUCCGAGAAGACCUCCCUUUGCUAUUCACCAAUGACCUCAAUUAUGAUAUUUACAGGGAUGAUAUUACAUUUUCAGACCCGUUGAAUACAUUUACUGGUAUUGAAAACUACAAAUUGAUCUUCUGGGCAUUGAGAUUUCAUGGUAAAAUCCUGUUCCGAGACAUUUCGCUUGAGGUAUAUCGGAUUUGGCAACCUUCAGAGAAUCUGAUUUUGAUAAGGUGGAACUUGAAGGGUGUCCCUCGGGUUCCAUGGGAGGCCAAAGGGCAAUUUCAGGGCACGUCUAGGUAUAAAUUGGACCGAAAUGGCAAAAUUUACGAACACAAAGUUGACAAUUUAGCGUUUAAUUUCCCGCAGACGCUGAAGCCGGCUGCUUCAGUAUUGGAUUUGGUGGGUGCAUUCCCUUCAAGCCCCAAUCCAACAUUUUUGUUCGCGCCGGUGGAUGUUUAUUCAUCUUCAUGGGUGGAGUUUUAUCGGGCAGUAAGGGAGACAUUGAAGCGGGAAGGGUACUUGCUUUCCCAAGAUGGUUUGAUUACUUGUUCAUAGAUAGCGAGCAACUCCAUACACCAAUCACUUCAUACAUCAGAAUUCAACAUAUAUGUAAUUUGUAUGAUAUAUUAUAUUGGUCAAUAGAAAAUAAUGGUUUUUGUUGAAGGACUAGGGUGUAUAUUUAGAUAGGCAGGUAUGUUGGUGGUGGAAGAGAAGCUUGGGAAUGAAUGAAUAUAAUUAUAUAUGUUGAGCUAACAGGGUUCAGAUAUGUAUGUAUACAAACUAUUGAUUUACUUUUUUUUUUUUUUGUGAAUCUAGUUCUUCAUUUAUUCU